UGACAGGUUACAGCUAUGUGGCUCUACCUGGCUGUCCUGGUGGGGCUUUACCUCCUUCGUCGCUGGUACUGGGAGAGACAGACGGUGGAGAGCCUGACGGAGAAAUACGUCUUCAUCACCGGCUGCGACACUGGCUUUGGGAACCAGCUGGCCAGGCAGCUGGAUGCUCGGGGUCUGCGGGUGCUGGCCGCUUGCCUCACUCCGGAAGGGGCAGAGCGUCUGGAAAAAGUCACUUCCGACCGGUUAAAAACCACCCUGCUGGAUGUCACCAGCACUGAGAGAGUGGCAGCAGCCGCUGAGUGGGUGAAAACAUGCGUGGGGAACAAAGGACUUUGGGGACUGAUAAACAAUGCAGGUAUUGGUAACCCAACAGCUCCCAACGAGUGGCUGACCAAGGAGGACUUUGUCUCAAUUCUGGAUGUCAACCUGCUUGGGUUAAUUGACGUGACGCUGCACAUGCUGCCCUUUGUAAGGAAGGCCAAAGGGAGGGUGGUCAACGUGUCCAGUGUGAUGGGAAGACUGUCGUGCUAUGGAGGAGGUUAUUCUAUAUCCAAACACGGCAUGGAAGCCUUUUCUGACAGCCUGAGGCAAGAGAUGCAGACUUUUGGAGUCCACGUCAGCAUGAUUGAACCUGGCUCUUUCUCAACAUCCAUCUUAAAUCAUGUGGAGGAGACCUUGCAGAAUAUAUGGUGCCAGCUGCCCCCAGACAUCCAAGAAAGCUAUGGGCAGAAGUUCUUGAAAAUGUAUUGCAAAGUGAUACAACUUGCCAAGAAGACUGGCGAGAAGAACCUCUGUUUGGUGACGGACUGCAUAGAGCAUGCCUUAACGUCCUACCAUCCUCGUGCUCGCUACUCUGCUGGCUGGGAUGCAAAGCUUUUCUUUCUGCCCGUCUCUUAUUUGCCAAGCUGGGUGGUAGACUGGCUGUUUGUAGUUGUUUUGCAUAUAACAGGACACACAAGUUAGAAAGGCUCACUACUAUCUUGGGAAACUAGCCAGCUUUUAGAGGAGAAGACAUGCUUUUACAUCCUGCUUGGAUUGUAUUAUAAUAGCUAUCAACAAUAUACCUUUAGCUACAUAUCAUCCCAUGGGUGACACAGUUAGCUCUUUUCAUUGUUUUGUUAUGGUUAAACAUUCUGCUUUUCAAGAUCUAAAAUUAAGAGGUAGUUCCAUGCUACAAAACACCCAGCUUUAAACGUCACAGUUGAAGCCCCUUAAAAU